AUUGAUGCCCUUGAAAGAGAAAUCCGGGGUAGCGAUACUCCUAUAAAGAGAAGCAAGUUGCAAGUUGCAUCAUAGCCUCGGUAAAAUUGCAAGUCCCCAAGCUCCUACAUCCACAAUUUACAAUCAUCAACUAUAAAGCUCACGAUGCGCAUAUCACGAUAACAUCACUAUAGUCCUCUAAAAGGGACGCCGCAUUCACUAUGGCUUGUCCAUUCUGUAGUAUAGCAUCCAAUUACCCACCAUCCUCAUCCCUCGCAAACCCAGACCUUACCAGUCCAUCCGCAUUUGUAGUCCUCAGCACACCUCUCUGCAUGGCAUUUCUCGAUAUUAUGCCACUUUCUCCAGGACAUUUACUCGUCACCACCCGUAAACAUAACGAGAAGUUAUCGGACGUGAGUGUAGAAGAAGCGCGAGAAUUGGGUGAAUGGCUUCCGAGACUAUCUCGAAUCUUAGCCAAGGUCACCGGUGUGUGGGACUGGAAUAUCGUUCAAAACAACGGUGAGUUACCCGGGAUUUGUGUCUUGGAAGAUCCGGCACAUUUAAAGUUGUAGCUAGGUCGAUUUAGGAUAUCUGGUGCAACAAAGGAAUGAAGAAAUCAAUGCUAAUGGGAUUGGGAUAAAUAUAGGAGCUGCUGCAGCCCAAGUCGUACCGCAUGUACAUUUUCAUAUUAUCCCGAGACCGGGACUAACUCCCGAGUUACGCAAUCGAUCGUUUACGAUGUUUGGAAGAGGGCAGAGGAGUGAAUUGGAUGACGAGGAGGCUAAGGUCCUAGCUGCAGACUUGAGAGAGGAAUUGGCAAGAGAGAUGGAGGCGAUUGGGAAGGGCAAGUUAUAGAAGCAAGGGUUGAAUAUACCACGAACAUCCGAGACUUAGAUGGAAGAUUGAAAUAUCCGGAAUUUGGAACUGUUGAUUAAUGAUUAGAGCAAAAGAUCGAAAGUCGGAUUAGGGUGUAAUGGAAAUUGUACAUAUGGGGUGGGACGCACAAGAACGGCGUGCAUAUACCGGUUGGAAGCAAUAUAAUAAUGUUCUAGGCUCUUAUGAAAUACUUUGAUCUCCGGU